AUGAGCUGGAUUAACUUCAGUUUCACUACACCAGGUUUGGAGUUCGGAGAGCGGGAGUGGACAGGACUCAGCAAAGGAGAGAUAAACGCUGGACACGUCACCAGGCUGCUGGAGAAGAUGGAGCAGGUGGUGGAGGAGAACACAGGAGAGCCUUACACCUUGGACACUUACCUGGAGAGGAGAGGACCUGCAGGGGGGGGAGUACAAGAGGAUGGAUGGAGGACACAAGGUGAAGUCUCAACUUUGAGGAUCGUUCUUCUGGGAAAGAUGGGAGCAGGGAAAAGUGCCUCAGGAAACACCAUCCUGGGGAGACCUUAUGCCUUCAAGGCUAAACUCUCUCCAAACUGCGUGACUGCAAAGUGUGAGAAGCAGAGUGGGCAGGUGGCUGGGAUGAAGAUCGAUGUCAUCGACACUACAGCGACUGAUAGUGGGUUAUUGUUAUCAGAAGUUAAAUCUGAGUUAACUAGGUGUGUAGAGUUGUCCCUCCCAGGACCUCAUGCCUUCCUGCUGGUCAUCAGUCUGAAGGCCAGAAUCGCUCAGGUUAGGGACAGUGUGAGGUGGAUCCAGGAUAACUUUGGAAAAGAGGCUGCAGGUUUAACUAUCCUGCUGUUUACUCAUGGUGACGCUCUAGAGGAAGGACAGACAGUAGAGAGCUUUAUUCAAGAAAAGCAGGACCUCAGAGACUUAGUUAACAGAUGUGGGGACAGAUAUCAUGUCUUUGAUAACAAAGCCAGAUGUAACAACACUCAGGUCCCAGAGCUUCUGGAGAAGAUAAAGAGGAUGGUGGAGGGGAAUGAGGGACAGCACUACAUAAAUAACAUGUACAAGAAGGCUCAGGAAGCAAUCAAUCGGAAAGGGAUGUUGAGAAUAAUAGCAGGAUUAGCUGUAGCAGUAUUGGCUGCAAUAGGAGCUAUAGCAAGAACAGCAGGAGCUUACACCUAA